UUUUUCUGUAUGGGUGUCAGAAAAUGUUGGGUUAAAUGAACAAGAUAACGUCCUCUGUCCUUAAUGCAGAGGCAACAGAAGGACUUACAGGACUUAAAGAAGACUUGAGUCUAAGCAGCACUGUCAGACACACUUGCUGGGCUGAUAUACUAACUCUUGGUUAAAGUCCGCUUCUCUCUAGUUCCAGGUGUGCGUGGAGCAAGAAGUAAAUUAGGAUGGCAGAUUGUGGGCUGUAUGACUACCAAGAGGAGGUGGUUCAGAGGGCUCUCCAGAGGGAGAACAUCAUCAUCUGGCUUCCCACCGGCGGAGGAAAGACCCGUGCUGCCGUCUAUGUGGUCAAGAGACACCUGGAGACCACCCCAGAGGCCAAGGUGGCUGUGCUGGUCAACAAGGUUCAUCUGGUGGACCAGCAUUACAGCAAAGAGUUCAACCCCCACCUGGGCCGUGAUUACAAGGUGGAGUCUGUCAGUGGGGACAGUGACGAGAAGGACUUCUUUGGCAGAGUGGUUAAGGACUCUGACCUGGUCAUCUGCACGGCCCAGAUCCUGGAGAACGCCCUGAUAAACACAGAGGAUGACAAACAUGUUGAGCUUACAGACUUCACCCUACUGGUCAUUGACGAGUGCCACCACACGCAUAAGGAGGGGGUGUACAACACGAUCAUGCAUCGCUACGUGGAGAAGAAGCUGAAAGGCGAGAGGAAUCUGCCUCAGGUGCUAGGCCUCACCGCCUCUCCUGGAACAGGGAAGGCCAAAACCCUGGAAGGAGCUGUGAAGCAUGUAUUGCAGAUCUGUGCUAACCUGGACUCAGCCAUCGUUUCAGCUGAAACCCAUGCCUCUGAGCUGAAGAAGAAAGUCCCCAGACCCAAGAAAAGGUUUGACAUUGUCGACAAGAGGCCCAAGGAUCCCUUUGGCGACCACCUGAAGUGGAUGAUGGAGCUGAUCCACGACUUCAUGGCCUUGGGGACAGCCUCCCAGCUCAGGGAGGUGGGAACACAGGAGUACGAGGCGGACGUGGUCCUUCUGGAGCAGAGGGGUGUAUUUGAGAGGAACAGAAUUCUGGCCCAGUGUGCCCUCCACCUGCGACGGUAUAACGACGCCCUGCUCAUUAACGACACGGUCCGCAUGGUGGACGCCUUCCGUGACCUGGAGAGCUUCUACAACAGCAAGAGCGCCUCAGCCAUCGAUGGAACGGACUUCUUCCUGCAGGGCCUCUUCGAGGAGAACCAGACAGAGCUAAAGAGCCUGUCAGGGAACGCCCUCUAUGAGAACCCCAAAAUGGCUAAACUUCAGAGCACUCUUCUGGAGCAGUUUGGACCCAAAGACACAUCCAAAGGCAUACUCUUCUGCAAGACCCGUAAAAGCACCAACUGCCUGAAUGACUGGGUCCUCAACAACCAGGCCCUACAGCGGUCAGGCAUCAAGGCUGCCAUCCUGACUGGAGCGGGAAACGGCAUCAAUUACAUGACCCAGAACGAGCAGAAAGAGACCAUCAAAAAAUUCCGCAACGGCACCCUCAAUCUCCUGAUUGCCACCAGCGUGGCUGAGGAGGGUCUCGACAUCCCAGAAUGCAACCUGGUGGUGCGCUACGGCCUGCUGACCAAUGAGAUUGCCCAACAGCAGGCCAGUGGGCGAGCUCGGGCCACUGACAGUGUGUACUCUGUGGUGGCCCAAGCUGGGGGGCGGGAAGUGCGCCGGGAACGCACCAAUGAGCUCCUGGAGGAGUUAACGGGCCGGGCCAUCAGACAGGUCCAACAAAUGGGGGAACGCGAAUUCCGCAAGAAGAUCACUGAGAUCCAGACAGAGGAUGUUCUUGCCAGUCGCUUGAAAGACCAGCUGAAGGUGAAGAAGCAGAGCCGCUACCGAGCCGCUGAGAUUCAGCUCGUGUGUCGAAGCUGUUUCAAGGCUGUGGCUUGUGGAAGUGACAUCAAGCUCAUUGACAACACGCACUACGUUAACGUCAACCCCGGGUUUGAGAGGCAUUACAAGGCUGGUGGAAAGGUGCGCCUGGACAGACACUUUGAGGACUGGGAGCCGGGCCGUGUGAUCAGCUGUGCAACCUGUAGCAAGGAAUGGGGAAUGGAGAUGAAAUACAAGGAGGUUGCCUUGUUGCCCAACUUGGCCAUCAAAAACUUUGCCAUGGAGACUCCGGGUGGGAGAGUCCUUGGCAAGAAGUGGAAGGAUAUUCAGUUCACUAUUGAGGACUUCAACUUUACACAGUACUGUGAGGACAAGUUCCCUGGUCUCCUGUCAGAAUAAUGCUCUGGUGCACUCCUGAGGGUUUUAGGGUUUAUUAGGUGAGCAUUUUAAGGGUCAUAACAAGAGGGUAAGGGUUGUGUGCAACUCCAAAUGUUUUCAGAUGUUAUUAUCUAGGAUUAUGUUAUCUGUGUGUGUCAGUGUGGGGUUCACAGGAGGGUCAGAUGGCUGAGCGGUUAGGGAAUUGGGCUAUUAAUCAGAAGGUUGCCGGUUUGAUUCCUGGCCAUGCAAAAUUACCUUGUGUCCUUGGGCAAGGCACUUCACCCUCGAGGGGAAUGUCCCUGUACUUACUGUAAGUCGCUCUGGAUAAGAUUGUCUGCUAAAUGACUAAAUGUAAUGUAAUGUGUGUGUGUGUGCGCAAGUGCAUCUGUGUGUGUGUGUGUGUGUGUGUAAUCUUAACCACUGUAUACAUUCUGAGUUAGGGUUGGUCCUUUCUGUCCAGGCUAUUCUUAGUGCUGGAGGCUAUGGUAUAGCAGUAUGCUGAAGCUUGUUAGACAAUGGUCAGGGUUAGAAUGAGCAUAACAGCUUUGUUUAUGCCUCAGGACCUAUGGCUCUCCUUCUCGCCUCCCUUUCUGUACAAUAUGGGUGUUUUUUAUGGUCUAUUGCUGCCAUUAGGCACGAAAAUGCAUGAACUCAUGUAGUCACUGUCCUCACGCGGUUCUUGCCGAAAUGCAAAUUAUAGAGACUAUUAUUGUAGUAGCACUCAUCAUAACAUUAUGAACUUGUUGAUGAUUGAAUGUUUGAAUACAAUUAAUAUAUAAAAUAUACCUUCACAAUGAUGAAUCAUGGUUAGCAGCACAUCAUGAAGUGCCUAAACGAUUAACUGUAAAUGAAGUCUGUGUGUCUUUGUGACGUUUAUUAUUGAGCUAUAAAAUACCGCCCUUACUUGUUAUUAUAUAUCUUACCACUGGGUGGCAGUCUAGGCUUUUGAACAUCUUAGUGUCUCUUCCCACCAGAGGGAGCUUUCUUUACUCACGGGGGUCUGUUCACAGAACAUAGUAGAAUAUUCAAUGUUGUUUUGAUGGAGCCAAAGUCUUACCGAGAUCCCAUUAAGUUUGGCUGGGGAUAAAGGAUACCAAAAUACAUACAUGGCUGUCUAUUCAUUCAAACUCUGUACUGCACAACCCCUGUUGGUAGUUGGUAGUUUUAUUGUCCUGCAACACAAGACAUGAUAUUUUUUGUACUCAGUUACCAGCUGUUAAAUUUAGACUGACUGCAUUUAGCUAAUUACAGGAUUGUGACCAUUCCUUGCUCUCUUUUUUUUACCAAAACAAUUAACUUUUCAUCUCAUUGCAAUGUUUUUGUCAAGAGCUGGAUUUCUGCCUGGAUGAAAACGAAUAUGUACCAACACAAACAUACAUUAUGAAACACUUCAGGGUAACCCGUAAUUUCAUAGCAGCAGUCGUUCCAGCUUCCAGAAGUAAACUCACCCAUCAAAACAUCGAUGUGCAUUACAUCGGCUGCAAACUUUGCUCUACAGCUAUGUUUAUCUGCAUUGUCCCUGUCAAAUAAAUGUAUUUAAAAAAAUAUAUAUCU